UUUUGCCACAUACAAAAUGGCUGUCCUCAGCAGCAAGCAGGUUCAGGUGCGCAGCGUGGCCUCGCGCCCUGCGCCGAUGGUGGUGGUCCCGUUGGCCGCCGCGCGUCAUGUCUCCCGCUCUCCUGUACCUGCUGCCGCGGCCCCAGCUCCGGUGUCUGCUGCGCGCGUCAGCCGUGGCAGCCGACGCACUACCGUUUGCGUGGCCGCGACUGCUGCUCAGAUGUUCAAGACUACCACCGAAGGCCUGCAGGUGCCCCAUGGUCCUGAGGCUAAGCUGGUGAAUCUUAUGGCACCACCUGAUCAGCAUGCUGCUCUGGUUGCGGGCUGCACCAAGCGCAUUGAGCUCAGCGACCGCAACGCCUGCGAUGUGGAGCUGCUCUGCGUGGGGGCUUUCUCGCCGCUGGAGGGCUUCAUGGAGAAGGAGGAAUACGACUCUGUCGUCGCCAACAUGCGUAUGACUAACGGCCUGCUGUUUGGUCUGCCCAUCAUUUUGGACACGGACAGCGAGGACGUUGCCCCUGGCGACAACGUGGUGCUGUCCUACCAGGGCCAGGACCUGGCCGUCAUGACCGUCACCUCCAAGUGGGUUCCCAACAAGCCGCUUGAGUGCCUGAAGUGCUACGGCACCUCUUCUCUGGAGCAUCCCGCAGUGCAGAUGGUCGCCAUGGAGCGCGGCAAGUACUACCUGGGCGGCCCCAUCAAGGGCCUGACCCUGCCCACGCGCGUCUUCCCUUGCGCCACUCCCGCUGAGGUCCGCUCCACGCUGCCCACCAACCAAGAUGUCCUCGCAUUCCAGUGCCGCAACCCCAUCCACAAGGCGCACUACGAGCUGUUCAUCCGCGCACUUGACGCGCCCAACGUUCGCAACGGCGCCGUGUGCCUAGUGCACCCAACCUGCGGCCCAACCCAGGACGACGACAUCCCAGGCGUCGUGCGCUUCCGCACCUACGAGGUCCUCAAGGAGGAGACCGCCAACCCCCGGCUGCGUUGGGCCUACCUGCCGUACAGCAUGCACAUGGCUGGCCCGCGUGAGGCCAUCCAGCACAUGAUCAUCCGCAAGAACUACGGCUGCACGCACUUCAUCAUCGGCCGUGACAUGGCCGGCUGCAAGUCCUCGUUGUCGGGCAAGGACUUUUACGGCGCGUACGAUGCGCAGGAGCUGGCCAACCAGCACGCCACCGAGCUCAACAUGCAGACCGUGCCCUCGCUCAACAUUGCAUACACGGAGGAGCGGGGCUACGUGACUGCUGACGUGGCCAAGGCGGAGAACCUGCAUGUGCUGAACCUGUCGGGCACCAAGUUCCGGCAAAUGCUGCGUGCGGGCGGGGACAUCCCCGAGUGGUUCGCCUUCAAGUCGGUGGUGGCGGUGCUGCGCGAGCAGAUCCUCAGCGAGUCCAACUAAGCGGCCGUCGUGCCGUUCUCUUUGUCCUCGUCCUUGAGGCCUUGCUCGGAGCCGGCGCCAUGCAUGGGGCUUGGGUGCUUGGAGACCUCGUACCAUUGUGCAUUGCGGCUGCGCGCCUGCGGAAUGGGGCCGUAGCUACUGAGCAGGCUGGCUGCACGGCUUGGUGCUCGUUGUAGCACGCAUGAGUCUGUGAGGUUACGGGCUGGCUGGGGUGUGUGGGCAGCUCGUGCUCUUUGCCCCGUGUGGUCAGCAAGGAGCCGAACGCGUGUAAAUAUGUGGAUGUCGGCAGGUUUUCAGAAGGAAUUGGUUGCUUUCCUCAAAGCAGAGGCAGGUGUGUUUGCUUUCUUGAUAGCCUGGUCGUGGCAACCUUUGCUUGUCAGGCGUGUCGCUGAAUUGGCCCAUGCGGCGCCCGAAAUGCAUAGGGCAGUCGCAAUUUUCCCAGCAGCGGCAGCCGGCGGACCCGUUGACUGUUCAUCUUACCACGUCCUUGGCUUUUGGUGGCGUCAACUCCGUUUCGUGGCAUUUUGUUUCUUAUUUUGGACAGCAGUGGAAAUGCUUGUGCCGCAUAGCGCACGCCGCCUGACGACCCUCGCUAGCGCGUGUGAAUGUGUCUCGACGUGAACAGCAGCAGCUAGCGUCCGUGUGCACGGCCAAAGGUCGUGUGUUUGGGAGGUUAGAAUGUUGGACCAAAUGCGUUUGUUUGGUUGCUUGGUUUGAUCAUGGCCAACCUCCAAAUGGUGCAGGGUGCAUGCGCGCGUGUGAACCCGCAGGUCUGUGCGGCCUGUGACGGCAGAAACGCUGUACCGUACAUUGCAUAUGGGGCACAUGGGGGUUACGGCACCUAGCGACAUGUACAUGGCGUGUUGGCGAGGUACGUGCUUCCAAUGCCGCCUCGCUCUGCCGCGCAGUCGCUUCUCUAUGGUCCUGUAAGGACGGAAUCGAUGGGUUGCAAGGCUGUAGCCUGUUAAAGGCAUUACCAGGAUUUGGUGAACAGUGUGGCUUGUGUUU